AUGACUUCUCUAAAUACGCGAUUUGCAUUUGAUGCCAAAAACUUAAUUUCAUUUUGUAAAAAAUGCGAUAGCCAAGAUAUUUUAAGCCAAUCUGAGGCACUUAUAGAUUUAAAACUGAAAGAUUUAGACACUCGCUGGAGUAAAGUAGAAAAGUCGUAUGAAGAUCUAAUGCUUUCUGAUCAAAGUGAAGAAGUUAAAACUACAGCUCAAGAGCAAUACGAUUCAUGUGUCGACAUGUAUUAUUUAACCGUUUCCAAACUUCUUGAUGUGAUAAAAACGUCAAGAGAUAGUAUUGCUCGCGCUAGCAUAGAUUCAGCCCCAUUGAACACAUCUAAUGAUCGGUUAAGUACAGGUCUUAAAUUGCCCCCAUGCGAUACUCAAAUAUUUUCAGGAGGUUAUGAAGACUGGCCGGCAUUUCGUGAUAUGUUCACGGCAGUCUACAUUAACCAUCCAAGGCUAACUCUCGCAGAAAAACUUUAUCAUCUUAGAAAUAAAACUACCGGUUCAGCCGGAGCAAUAGUAAAAAGAUUCCCUUUAACCGAUAAUAACUUUCCUCUAGCUUGGCAAGCACUUAAGUUGCGGUAUGAAAAUGUAAGAGUUUUAGUCGACAAUCAGAUCCGUAACCUUUUCAAUAUUCCCGUAGCUAGCGUAGAGGAUAAUGAGUCCCUACAAAGAAUUCAUAGCUCAGUUACUGACUGUUUAGCUAUGCUUGAUACAAUGAGUAUAUCAGUUGAAGGCUGGGACCCCAUUUUAGUCAAUUUAGUCUAUUCUAAAUUACCCAACGAAACAUUGGCUCAAUGGGAACAAUCAUUAAACGCCAGUAGAGAGUUACCAACCUGGUCUCAAUUAAGUGAUUUUCUACUUAAACGAUGUGAAGUCGUAGAAAGAAUUUCCACUAUCAAAGUGAACAAAUCUGCUUUCCUUAAUCAAAAUGAAACUCAUUCACAAGUUCAAAUGUACUCAUCCCAAGAAAAACUUAAUUACAAAUGCAAAAUGUGCGAUGAAGAUCACAGUUUGAGAACUUGUUCGCAAUUUCGUAAGCUUUCAAUUCAAGAAAGAGUUGAUUUCAUUUUCAAGAAUAAGUUUUGUAACAAUUGUUUGUCACAAUCUCACACGAAAAAGAAUUGUAUGAGCAAAAAUUCCUGUUUAAAUUGUGGUAAAAAGCAUCACACACUGCUUCACAUGCGUUCUUUUAAUCCUCCUCGGAAUAGCUCAAAUCAAACGUGUCCAAACAAAAACGAUCAAAACAUAAAAUCUGAUCCAAAAACGACUAAUUCUAGAUCCGUUGAGUCAAAUGAAUCUGAAAACGGUCCAGCAACCUCAAAUGCUCACAAAACUUUCCAAGUUAAUGCGAAUUAUGCCAUGAGUGAUACUAAAGUCUUGUUACGAACUGCAAUGGUUCAAAUAGAAAGUAGAGGGGAAUUAUUCUCGAUUAGAGCUCUCAUUGACCCAGGUUCUGAGAGGACCUUUAUAUCUGAAAAGGUUCGAAAUCGUUUAAAUAUCCCAUCUAGAAAAUCAUACUGCGAAAUAAUAGGAGUUGGCGGUCAAACUCAAGUUUCAGAAAAAGAAUGUGAUUUGGUUUUGGUCUCGCACAAAUCCAAGUUUCGGUUACCCGUAACUGCUAUCGUUUUACCUAAAGUCACGAAUAAGAUUCCCUCGGUUUCCUUUGAACUCCCUAACCCAAUUGAGCUUUCUGGUAUUGACUUAGCUGAUCCAAAUUUUAAUAUAUCUUCCUCGAUCGAUUUAAUCCUUGGAAAUGACAGUGAGCGUUAUAUAAAUCUUGAUGGCAUCAAACGAGAUGUAUGUGGCUCUGCUUCUGCAUAUAGAACGGUUUUCGGAUGGGUGCUUAGUGGCCCCGUGAAGACUCAGCCAAUAUACUCGUUUUCAACAUGCGUUGGUUCCACUGAAGACUUUACCUUGGAUGAAUUAGUUCGGAAGUUUUGGGAGCAGGAAGAAAUUCCAUCAACCCGGCCAGCUUCUUCAGAGGAUGAAUAUUGUGAAAAAUUUUAUCAACAAACCACAACACGCUUACCAAAUGGACGAUAUAUGGUCAGAUUACCAUUUCGACAGGAGUUCCCGGAAUCAAGGUUUCUUAGCCCAUCAAGAUUUAUCGCUCUUAGUCAAUAUGUUCGGAUGGAACAGAUGUUGGAAAAAGAUCCCGCGUUAAGCACUCAAUAUAACGACGUGCUCAUUGAGUAUAUAACCCUCGAUCAUAUGGAAGAAACAACUUCUCGUGAGUACUUUUCGGAAAAUAAAUGUAACUCCUUUUAUCUCCCUCAUCAUGCAGUCGUAAGACCAGAAAGCAAAUCUACGAAGGUUAGGGUUGUUUUCAAUGCUUCCCGCAAAACUAAGUCAGGGUUUUCAUUAAACGACGUUCUUUAUACUGGUCCCACACUUCAAGCUGAUCUGAUGACAGUGAUAUUAAAUUGGCGUUUUUACAAAUUUGUUUUCAGCGGUGACAUACAAAAAAUGUAUCGUCAGAUAUUAGUCAAUCCCCAAGACAGACCGUUUCAGAGAAUACUCUUCCAAAAAUCCCCCCGGGAGGCCAUCAAAGAUUACCAGUUAAAGACUGUUACAUUUGGUAUAAAUUGUGCACCAUUUUUAGCCAUUAGGACAUUAAUCCAGUUAGCGUCUGAUUCCGAAGAUAAGUUUCCCAAAGCAGCUGAUAUAUUACGUAGAGAAACUUAUGUAGACGACAUUCUAACUGGUGGUCAUUCUCUCGAAGAGGUUAUAAAAUCCCAGAAAGAGCUGGUGCAAACUCUAGAAUCAGCUGGUUUCUUAUUAAAGAAAUUAACCUCCAAUAACUCUCGUUUGUUAGCUUCUUUUCCCAAAGAAGAUCUUUAUGAUUCUGAUUUUCUCAAAUUUCAUGAUUCCAGUGCGACAAAAACUCUCGGCAUUCGCUGGAACGCACUGACUGAUUCGUUCACAUAUACUUUUGAAUCUAUUCCUCAAGAAACAAAAAUAACCAAACGCAAAAUCGUAUCUUCAGUAGCCAAAUUGUUCGAUCCAGCUGGCUGGAUAUCACCCGUAGUCAUUAAAGGCAAAAUUCUCAUUCAGCAAUUAUGGCUGGAACGAAUAGCAUCUACAACUUUACCGCGCUUGGAACUUUCUGGCGCAGUUAUGCUAGCUAAACUAGUACAAUAUACGAUAUCUUCGCUUAAUAUGAAAAAUCACGAAAUCAUUUUAUGGUGUGACUCAUCGAUUGUUUUAGGAUGGCUUGCUAAGCCACCUUCAACCUGGAAAGAAAUCUAUGUUUCUAAUCGUGUAGGCCAAAUCCAUAAAUUAUUGCCAAAUGCAAAAUGGCGCCAUGUUCCAACUCAUUUCAAUCCCGCUGAUCUAGGUUCCAGAGGAUGCAGACCACAGGACUUAAUCAACAACCAACUUUGGUGGCAGGGCCCACCAUGGCUUACAAACCCGGUUUCGGAAUGGCCACAGAAUAAUCCGUUGAAUACCACGAAAUCUCCCGAAAUUUCUAUUCUUAAGCAAACACAAACCCAAAGCUUAACGGUUCCCAUCAGUAGCUUUCAAACUACAGUCUCUUCCGUAGACAUUCUUAAAAGAUUCUCCUCCUACACGAGAUCGUUAAGAGUUCUUGCAUACGUUUUUCGAUAUAUUCGGCGUUUUAAACCUUCGUUUGCCAAUCAAACCAACAACUUAGCUGAUCACAAUUCUCAACUCAGUCAACAGGAAGUCAAUUCU